UAUAUAUAGAUAUAAUAAUAGACGACCAAGGUGAAAACAGAUUUCGAGGAAAACCCUAAUAUUUCAAAAGAGGAUGAGCGAUCUUGGGGAGAAAUUGGUUGGAGAGAAGAUACUGACGAAGGUUCCGGCGGUUCGAUCUACUUGCAAAACAUGGGAGGCUAUAACCAAAAGCUGGGUUAUGGGUAAAGCAGCAGCAGCGCCGCAUGAGUUUCUGGGGUUCAUGAUGAUGAAUGCGAAGGUCUACUCUCUGAGGUACAAUAUCGGCGAAGAUUUGGUUGAUGUAAAGGAGGUAGAUUUGCUUAAUCAGUUGGAGAUAUCCGAGGUAUAUCACUGCGAUGGGUUGGUGUUAUGCGUGGCUAUGGACCACUCGAAGCUGGUGGUGUGGAACCCUUACCUGUAUCAAACAAGGUGGAUCGGGCCGAGGUUAGGAGAAAACUUCAACAUAAGAGACAUUUACUCCAUCGGAUACUCAGACAAGAAGCGUGACCACAAAAUCCUGAGGUUUGUGGAUGAUUACAGUGCCCCCGGACCAACACACGUUUUCAGGAGCGAAAUCUAUGAAAUUAGCUCUGAUUCAUGGAGAGUCCUCGAGGCCAAGCCCAAGCCCAAGUGGGAGAUACAGAUAGAUGAGCAUCAGCGAGGCGUGUCUGUCAAGGGAAACACCUACUUUUUUGCUCAUGAGAGAUAUAAUAAUUGCGCAGAUGUUAAAGAUUUCUUGCUCUGUUUUGAUUUUACCAAAGAGAGGUUUGGACCACGCCUCCCUCUUCCUUUUCACUCUUACAAUGAAGACUGCGUGACCCUCUCAAACGUUAGAGAUGAGCAGCUUGCGGUCCUGUUUGGUGAUUUUGCAUCAAGCUUUUUUGAGAUUUGGAUUACCCUCACGGUUGAGCCCGACUACUUGUCCUGGAACAAGUUUUUGCGAGUGGAAACGACUGCUUUAACGUUGUUUAGGCUUGAUGCUUUUUUGGGUGGGAGCUUCUUUGUUGAUGAGGAAAACAAAGUUGCUGUGGUGUUUGAACUAGACUCAUAUAUAUCCAUCUCGGCUCCUCCUCCGAGUCAACACACGGCUUUUGUGUUUGGACAAGCCGGCUACAUCCAAUCUGUUAAUCUCGGACAGGCUCUCAAACUCCAACACCUUUCCCCCUAUUCCGGAAAGCACUGUCAAGCUCUUCUUCCCCCACUUGUUUGCUCUUCCUCUUUUCGUCCAACCUUAGUCCAAGUCAGUUGA